CAGAAUGCAAAGCAGGGGCCAGAAAGCAGGUUCCACCAUCUCCUCCUGGAGAUGGCAGCAAACUGAGGCAGGUACAGUCGCGCAACACGCUAGCACGUUUCAUAUGCUCUAUUUGCUUUUCUCUGUAACUUAACAAGCCAUCAUGGGAACAGCCAACAACAGUUCAUCAUCCAUAAACCUCUUUGAGGAGAAGAUGAAAAAUUAUACCCAGCCUGACGUCCUGUGUCACACGUUUGACCUUCUCUCUAACCUUCACAAGUUGCUCCCAAAUAAUAUGGUGGAAGUGCUUCAUUCCUACAGAAGUAAAGACGACAAAAUUAAAUGUGAGAAUUCCGAAUUCUCAGGCUUGGAAAAGAUCUUAGCAAGACAUCAGUUGCCAAAAGAGGUUAGUCUGACUCCAAAGCCCAGCAAAAUGCCCUCAUGGAAAAGAAAAACUAUCAACAACAUAAGCGGCAACUGGAGGAAAUGUCACAUGUGGAAGAAAAACACAUACGAGCCGCCCAUGAGCACGAUCGUUGUUAGGUGGGCAAAAAAGAACUUGCAACCCUCAGAGGACCUCAAGUCGGUGAUGCAAAGACUGUCCGCACUAGGCCCAAUUGUCUCAGUCACUCCCUGUGGACGACAAAGUGCUGUCGUGGUGUACAAAGAUACGACCUCGGCUUGUAAGGCUGUGAGUGCUUUUCAGAAAAUAUCUGCAGGCACAAUGUUCCAGUGCUCAUGGCAGCAUCGAUUCAUGUCAAAAAAGAGACCUUGGACAAGAAAACGUCCUUUAAGAAUAUAAUCAGUCAACGUAGCUUCAAGAAUAUAAUCAGAAAAGCAGCCACAAUUAAGGAACCAUAAACAGCCUAAAUACUGGACUUCCUGAACUAAGAAAAGAGGAUCAAGCAACCUCCACAGAGGUUACCACCUCUCCUUCAAGUUUUCAAUCAUGUCCUGAGCAUUUGGAGCAAAGCUUCAUAGUCUUCUGGAUAUAUAGAAUCUACUGGAAACUCUCAAGUUCUAAACAAUUCCCAGCUCCACUGAGUUAAGCAAACACUUUAAUCCCCUUCCACAAAAAUAGGAAUAAGGCCGAAAUUCUACAGUUGCAUAAAUGAAAGAAAUAGAAGAAAGAAAAAUGUGUCCGUGUCCUGGGCAGCAGCAUCACCUGUAAAGUUAUGGCAUUCUUUUUGGUGGGUCGAUUGAACACAAUCUUCGUGAUGCCAUCUUCAGAGGUCACCACAAUGUCCUUAGACACCUGGACUUUUUCAUCGGCUCCACACUUUCCCUGGCUAGAAGCUUUAGAUGAGGGACUCAGACUGGACACCAGAUCCGCAUGGCUCUGCCUGGCAGUUUCCUGUGGAUGACAAGACCUUUGGCUUUUAAAAUAAGUAAUUUGAGAAACAUACUAUGCUAAUAAACACCACUAUGCAAUAAAGAA